AUGCGAAGAGAGUUAUUCCUCCGCAUAGUGAAUGCAUUAGAGAAUCAUUCAACAUUUUUUCAACAAAGGGACGAUGCUGUACGAAGAAAAGAGUUGUCACCACUACAAGAAUGCACCGCUGCGAUUCGUCAACUGUCUUACGGAGUCCCCGCCGAUCAUCUUGACGAGUACCUACGUAUGGGUGAAUCAACUGCCAUCAAGUGCCUUUUCAAGUUCUGUGAAUACGUUGUUGAAAUAUUUGGUGAUAGGUACUUGAGAAGGUCAAAUGCUGAUGAUGUUCAACGUCUUCUUCAAAUGUAUGAUGAGAGACAUGACUUUCCUGGCAUGUUAGGUAGCCUUGAUUGUAUGCAUUGGAAAUGGAAAAAUUGUCCAGUUGCUUAG